UUAUCUUUCCCAGUUUGAAGGUGUGAGAGGCGACCCGAGCUCGCCCGGUCUGCCACCGUCGCUAUAAUAUGAUAUACGAGCACAAAGUCCCGCUGAGUCCUAGGCUAAAAAUGGCGCCAGGCUGAGUGUGUGGUAAUGCGCUGAUAAAGCCAUGGUAUAUAGACGUGUGUGGCAACGGCUAGAGUAAUAGAAUAUUAUAACAAGGUACAUUACACAGAAUGGACGGGAGCCAGUAUUGCAUUUUAUGGAAUAACUACCAUGGGUCACUUGUGAACACACUAAGUGGCUUACGACGGGAAGGUGAUCUGGUUGAUGUUACAGUUGUCUGUGGAGAUGGCAACAAGAUUCGCGCGCAUCAGCUGGUUCUGGCUGCAUGCUCAUCUUACUUUCGAGAUUUCUUAAGGGACAACCCCUCAAAACACCCCAUUGUGCUUUUGCCCAUGGAGAUUCGUUACCCAGAAUUGAAGGCCAUGGUGGACUUCAUGUACUCAGGACAAGUGUGUGUAAACCAGGAGCGUCUCCAAGCAUUCAUAAGAGGUGCUCGAUAUUUACGAAUCAAAGGUCUUGAGGACAAUGCUGAUGACAGUGAUAUUGAGGACAUGGCACCAGAAAUGGAAAAUGAGAAACCAACUGUGGGAGGAGUUUCCAAUGCCAGUGGGGUGACGGCAGGAAGUGGCGGAGAUUCUGCUGCCACCACCACUGUCAAGGGACGGCGUGUUAAGGAUCACCGCUACACGCAACAUGUGGAUUUAGGCGACUCGGAUGAGAACCGUGAGAAAUGGGAAGUUGUGGAACGCAAGCCUGUCAUUCUUCCACGAUCACAGCCACCACCACCACCUGGUACAGGACUCAGAAGACGACGAAGAGCACGGUCAGCUCUGCGUAAACGAGCCAUGCAUCUUAGUAACAACAUAGUUUGUUAUGAGCAGCGUACUGAUGGAUCAGAUGGUGGCCAGGAUCGCACAGAGCCAAUUAACAAAAUCAGAAGACUUGGAUCACCUGGACAUUUCCACGAUGAUGAUCUUGAUAUAUGUACCUGCACGUCUCGCAAGAUCUGGUCAGUCCGCGACACCGAGGCACUACUGAAAGUGUGGAGGGAAACGCUCACUCAGGUGCCACCUUCGUACUUCAUCCGAUCAAUGGCAUUGUGUAAACGGGUGGCUCGUAGACUGCAGGGUCGAGGUAUCCAAAAGAGUUGGCGACAGUGUCAGGUGAAAAUGAAAAAUUUACGUCGGGAAGUGCGUCUGUAUAAAGAAUCUGUUGGACGAAGUAGCUCACGCAAGCCGUCCGAAGUUGCUACAGCUUGUGAAAAGCUUCUUCCAGAUAUUGAAGAUAUUUUCAAUAAAGAGGAGGAAAUCCGUCGGGAGUGGUAUCAGAUGCGUGCAGAAGAAAGACUAAGAGCAGAAGGACGGUUGGUAGAUGGUGAAGCGGCACCGGCAGAUAUACUAGCACAGGUUGCUGUUUUGGCAGACUCGGAUUUGUGCGAUGAAGACACAGAUGCCCAAGACUGUGUCCAGGCAGACGGCAUGGAAACAGAAGGGGAUGGGGGUGCAUUCACAGAGGGGGAAGGAUUCACAGAGGGUGAAGGGGGAUUUGAAGGAGACGUUGACACACAUGUAGUUCAUGCCCAAGCUGAGACUGCAGUUCACCACAUUGUUGAGGAUGUAACCUUGCAGGUGGUCACCAAGCAAGAGCCUCAGUCUGGUGCAGAGAUGUAAAACUGUCAGAAUGUUUGUGUGAAUAUAUUUAAGGUGUUAUAAUAUUAUACUAAGCCUUUGUUAUAAUCAUUAAUCUGCUUAAAAAUUAAAAGGUUUCAAAAGUGUU